AUGCAAAUUACUGAGGUAGAAGCAACGGAUGGAGGAGGGGAUGUCAACAAGAGCUUGCAGAAGAUUGAGGGAGUUGUAACGCAAAUCGAGAAAGAAGCGCCAGAUCUUGAUCCACUUGCCGUCAAGAGCUUGAGGGGUGCGGUCACGGAGAUCGGAAGUCGACUAACGGAGGAGCAGAAGUUGGCACUCUGGAAAUUGAGCUACAGGAUCUGGAACACCUGUGUUGAGAUAUCCAACGACCGAAAAGAUGGCUUUCGAGAGCAAGAAGAAGAAACUCAUGCCAGAUUGCGCCACAUUGCCUGUGAUCUCCUACUUCUGGCAGGAGAGGUAGCGAAGAACAUUAAAAGUGGACUCCUGAAGACUGCCUACUUCUUCUUCAAGACUGGGACUAUCUGGGCAGAGAACUCACUCAAUCUGGAGCUGGCAGAGGUAGCAUUCAGCAAGGCAACUGAGCUGUGCAUUAAGUAUGGGGAUGAAAACCGCAAUCACUUGCAGCCAGAGGAAGCGAAAGAACAACAGCAGUUGGCAUUCAACAUCUACACCAGCCGGGCAAAAACCGCUUCCGAGUUGUCCCAAAGAGCUCUAGCUUUGAACCUUCUUGGAAGAGCCAAAAGUGCUCUUCCUGCUCUGCCAGAGCGUCGGCUGGAUCUUGCAGCGGCUUACUUCGAGAUUGGAAAAUCUGUAUUGGCAACCGCCAAUGAGAAUACCAGCGCCGAAGCUAUUUCGUAUUUCCAACAAGCGCAAGAGCUCUGUAGCAGCGCAGGAGAUGACCAGGCUCAGAGUGAAAGCGGUCAUCAAUCGGGAGGCAUAGCAGAACUGUACCCAAAAGUCCUCAGGUAUCUUGCUGCAAGUCAUAUCGCUACUGGAUCCAAAGAGGGCUUUGAAUCCGCCCUUCAAACCAUAUCGGUCCUCCAGAACAUCUCAAAUCACGCCAGCACAAGUUUUCUGUCCCUGAAAGCGCUCUGUGGCCUCGAGCGGACUGACGAAGCCGAGACGGAGCUCACUUCUUUGAUCGGACACCCUGGUGCAUCUGCUGAAGUGUGUUUGAACGCAAUUGAAAUGAUUCUGCAGUGCAAAAAGGUUGCGGCAGCUCAGUCUGCCUACAAACAGUUACUGAAGCGCUUUCCGUCUGACACUCAACUGCCGGUCAGGAUCGUCGAAAAGCUCCUGGCAACCUCGGUCGACGACAAUCUUGAAGUCGCCCUGGACAUAUGCGCCGAUGUCGCCGAGGCGGCGGAACUUGCGCAUGAGCACGGGAAACCGGUGGACGCCAAGGCAAUGAGUGCUCUUCAUGCUCUUCUCUGGAACCGGGGCGCUUCCAUCUUUUCAAGCAAGAAGGACUACAAAGUCAGCUUGAGCCUCUUCGAAUCCGCGCUGCUCUUCUUAUCCCCCGAUAACAAGAACAGGGGCAAAUCGAUGAGAGUGCUCGCGCUGUGCCACAUGGGGCUUCAGGAGUUUGAUCGGGCCCUCGAGUAUCUCACUCAAGCAGACAAGACGGAGCCCGGCAUUUCAGCGUCUGCUGUUCUACAGUUCAAGAUUGCCGUUCAGCAGAAAGACGAGAAAAGAGCUGCAGAGAUCGUGGAAAAGAUAAUGUCAUGCCGCGACUUCGAGGCCGACUAUCUCAAGCUGCUGUCUCACGAGGCGACUUUCUGCGGUUACACGUCGGUGGCUGUCUCCGCUCUCUCGCACCUUCUGGAUCUGUCUCUUGAAAAGAAGGACGUGCAAGAAAAGGAAGCCAUAUUGCUGCGAAAUCUGAUCAAACUCACUGGCGACGAGACCCCAGGCGACUUCACCAGAACGAUUCAGCCCUACGAGAAAGCGAAGGAAAGGCUCGACACUUUGGGAAAGGAGGUCUUCUUCGGCGGCGGCACGGUCGGAGACAAAGAAGUCAAGUGGUUCGCCGGAUCGGCUUGGAACAGCGGGCUUCAGGCGGCGAGAACAGGAGACUGGCCCCUCUGCGCGCGUCUUUUCGCUUGCGCUUCGGCCUUCUACGAGCAACUUCCGGACCCGAGUCUCGAAGAUCUUCAAGCCGUAAAGCUGAGCCACCUUCUGGGAGCUACCGCAGCAUUGCAGCUUUCGGAAAGUCUGUCUGCGGAGGAGCUGAAAGCCGUCGAAGCGAAGUUGGAGAAAUGCAGAUCGGUGCUCACUGAAGUCUCGAAACGGACCGAAUCAUCUUCCAGUUCGGACGACGGAACCGAACUGCAGUACAACCUCCUAAGCUUCACCCUCAAAGGCCGGCAGAAGGACUACAAGGCCCAGAUCGACAUCCUGGCGCGCGUCCAAAGCGUUCCCGGCGCGACAGCUCAGCAUCUCUUUCAGAUGGGCCUGCAAGCAGCAGAUACGCCGGGCGCCGAGAGCCUCGACGUGGCGAUGGCCGCCCUGCGCGCGAGCCUGCAGAUGGUCAUGCGCGCGCCGAUGCCGGACUACGCGCUUGCCAGCGCCAUCAAUAGGAAGCUCAUCAACCUCGCCGACCUGAAGUGCAAAGAUGGCCCAGAGGUCUUCGCCACGUACAAGGAAGUCAACCAGCUCCUUGUGGGCCUCUCUGCUGGGCAGUAUCCCAAAGACGAAGUCAGCUGGCUAGUCUCGACUGCUUGGAACCGGGCUGCAUUUCAUGUAAGAUUCUCGCACAGCACAGAGGCUGAGAAGUGGAUGAGGGUUGCCCUGAGUCUGCUCCAGCAUGCCCCACAGAUGGAGAAUAAGAGGCAAAUGAUGACGAGCGCGUUGGAUGAUCUUUUGAGUAGUCGGAAGGCUGACAUCGAAGAGUAA